AAUAUAAUAUAUUAAUAAAUUCUUUUAAUUUUUAAAAUAUUUUGACUUUUAUCCAAACAUUUUGCCGAAUAAUAUAAUUUUUUGUGUAUAUAUUAAAAAAAAAUUUGAAUUGAUAUCAUGGCCAAAAAAGAAAAUCAGGAAGGUGAAAUAUUGAAAAAUGAAGAAGUAUUACAAAUAAAGUAUGAAGAAAACAAUAAACUAACAAAAAAAUUUUUGCAAGAAAUCAAUGAAAUGAAAAAUAAAAUAGAUAUCUAUGAAAUCUCAAAUGAGGUGCACAAAAAUUUUAAACAAAAACCAGUGAAAACAUCAGAGUUUCAAACAUUUAUGAAAAUAAUUGAUAAUGGUCAUACAAUUGAAGAAACAAAAACAAUAUCAAGUAAAGAAGUGACAAUAAAAAAUUAUGUUUUACAAAAAGAAAUAGAUCGUCUAAACAAUGAAAUUGUAAAAAAAGAUGAUAGUUGUGAUAAUUUACAAGAAGAGAAUAAAAAACUGAAUGAAGAAAAAGAAAAAUAUACUUAUCAACUGUCUUUACUUAAAGAGAAGAUAAAGAAGUAUGAGAAAGACGUUGAUACUCUUAGUGGAAAUUUGAAAACAAGGGAUUUUGAAUUAGGUAGAAUUUUAAAAGAACUAAAUUUAUUAGAAAAGAAAUAUAAACAUGAGCAAAUGACAUAUGAAAAGCAAAGAUCAUUAUUUUUAAAAACUAAUGAUGAUAAUAAAAUACUGAAAGAAAUGGUAAAAAAAUUAGAAAUGACCCUGAGAGAAAAUGAAGAAAAAUAUUUAAAAUUAAUAACAAAAAAUGAAGAUGCAUUAAGUAAAUGUAGUAAAGAAAAAGAAAUUUUAAUAUUGGCUUUUCGAAAACAAUUGGAACUUAUUGAUUCAUUGAAAAAACAAAAUAUUAGAAUAAAAUUGCAUGACGAUAUAACAGUGUUAGAAGAUGAAUUUAGUAAAUUUUUAGAAAACAAAUAAAUUUUUACAAGACUUACUAUU